GGCAAAUUGUUUCUUUUAGUCCGAAGUGAAGGGAGGGCCAGGGUUGUUUGGAUGGGCGAAGGUGACGACUGACGACCAUUAUGACAUGGACGGGGCGAGAUAAGGCCCGACUGCAACGCUUUUUCGUUUCGCCAUCCACUUUCUUUUGUUGUUUCUCACCUGGAUCUUGAUCAACCUAGCAGUACAACAUCUGAAGGAAAAGGUCAAAAGGUCUUCAACUUUGUUUCGUUUCUUUUUGGCCUUGUCCUUUUUCGCCUCCCCAAUCUCCAUAAAUAAUUGGCUGGUUGAUCGUCGAAAUACCUGCCCUUGCAUUUGGCGUGGCAUCCAAGAUUUCGCCGAGGCGGCCCCCCAAGUCUUGUCUACUGCUGGCAAAAGCUUAGCGUACAACCUGUGGCGUUGAUUCGUUGUGAAGCCGACAUCCGACCCCCAAAAUCUCCAGUUACUUUUCCUGAACCCACCAAGCUUUUGGAGGUUGUUCCAUCACGCGAUAAGACCUCUCAUCCCCAGCGCCCGCGACUCGGUGUCCAUUGGUGUGUAAGAAAUGCACCGUAUCCGCAGAUGGGCGCGAGAAAAAGCCCACGGCCGAGCCCCUUCGACCACCGAAUUCCACAAGCAGCCAUCCCGGCAGGCCACCAACGCAUCGGGAAACCGAUCAAUCGCGCCCAGUACUCACUCGGGCACUACAGCCGGUGGAAAUAAUUUCAGCAGCACUCGCGAUGAUGUCGCGACAAGUACCCUCGACCCCUCCCCGUCCGCCUUAGGCGGCGGCGUCGGAGGCGCCAGGCCUAAAAAUGACUACAAACAAAAAAAUGUAGCCGCGCGCUUUGGAAUCACGGUCAAGGACAUUUUGUUGUCCAACUACUUGAAUGUGCUUCUCGUUUUCGUGCCCGUCGGCAUCGCGGCGCGCUUUGCACAUUUGUCCGGCGGCAUUAUUUUUGCCAUGAACGCCAUUGCAAUUGUCCCCUUGGCUGGACUGCUGUCCCACGCGACCGAGAGCGUCGCACGUAGACUUGGCGACACUGUGGGCGCGUUGCUGAAUGUCACAUUUGGCAACGCUGUGGAGCUGAUCAUUUUCAUCAUUGCUCUUGUAAAGAAUGAGAUCCGAAUUGUGCAGGCCUCGCUAUUGGGGUCAAUAUUGGCCAAUCUACUGUUAAUUCUGGGCAUGUGUUUUCUGCUCGGUGGCCUGCGCUUCCGAGAGCAGAUCUACAACUCAACCGUCACCCAGAUGAGUUCCUGCCUGCUGAGUCUGGCCGUCAUGAGCUUGUUGCUCCCAACUGCAUUCCAUGCCAGCUUUAGCAACACGGAUCUCGCAGACGACAAGGUUCUGCAGGUGUCUCGGGGUACCAGUGUAAUCCUGCUACUGGUGUACGCCCUUUACCUUGUAUUCCAGCUGAGAUCACAUGCCUACAUGUACGAAUCCACGCCUCAACAUAUCAUUGAUCAGGAGAUGGUACCCGGACCAGCAGCCAACUACUUCAACUCCUCGAGCUCCGAUUCUUCGAGCUCGUCAUCUUCGGACUCGGACUCUUCGGGGCGUUCACGCAGCACAGCCAAACGUAUCAAGAGGAAAAUCAGGAGAGCUACUACUAGGAAGCAUAGUAUAUCUUCCCAGAGUACUGGACCAUCCGCCGAGGGUUCCUCUACAGCUGAAAAGGUUGCCAGUCCAGACGAGCCAGUUUCGGCUCAACCGUCACCGGAAAUCGUCUUGGUUCCGUCCGAACUCGUAGAAGCAGUCCCGGCUGAUGACGAGGGAGAGGGAGGUUCAGGCGGAGACCGUCAUCUCAAGAAGGAUCGCAAACGAAGGAAGCACCACAAACGUCGCCGCUCCAAUGGCGCGGUAUCUUCUAGGAAGGACGAGCAGCAAAACUCAGUGGCCACACCAAAUAAUAACCUAGCGGUUGCAGACGCCGAUGGAGAGCCGCGCCGUGUGGACUUUGCCGUUUCCCCCAGCAUUGAGGCUCAGACGGAAACACCGCAGCGACCAUUUCUCCUUCGAGCUUUGCGACCGACACUCCCCAAGACCAUGUCACAGAAUGUCUUUACACAGCGCCCGCCGCAAAAUCCGUCAUCGAUCGGUCCUGCGGCAGCCCCAUCUACCGGCCAGAGCCAUCGGGGACCCCGGCGUGCAUCGUCUCUGCCGAACUUUGAACAGAACCAACGUUUAGCACCUGGCGCUAUUCCGCCCAUAAUUCCCGUCAUUGUCAACAGCCACCAGCGAACCCAGUCGGCCGGCGACGACAACGGCGGCAUGGGUAAGCGUGAGGUCGACGACGAUGAGCACAAUGACAUUUCGCGAACCACUGCAGUUCUGCUCCUGCUCGUCUCGACGGGUCUGGUCGCAGUGUGCGCCGAGUUCAUGGUAGAUGCCAUCAAUGAGGUGGUGCACGAGGGAUCAGCCGUAUCGGAAGCCUUUAUCGGUCUCAUCCUCCUGCCUAUUGUGGGCAAUGCGGCCGAGCACACCACGGCCGUGACAGUGGCAAUGAAGAACAAGAUGGAUCUUGCAAUCGGUGUUGCCUUGGGAAGCUCUAUUCAAAUCGCAAUCUUCAUUACACCGCUCGUCGUCAUCCUAGGGUGGUGCAUGGGCAAGGAGAUGUCGCUAUACUUUACGCUGUUUGAGACGGUCAGCAUGUUCGUGAGCGCGUUUAUCGUCAACUUCCUCGUUCUUGACGGGCGGAGUAACUAUCUGGAGGGUGCUUUGUUAUGUUGCGCGUAUGUCAUUAUUGCGGUUGCCGCCUUCUUUUAUCCGAAUGCUGAGGCGGCCAAUCUGCUCGGCGGUGGCAGCAGCGACUCACACAAUGCAACGACUACGGCGGCGGCGGUAACAGCUGCAGCCACAGUGACUGGGCGUGCGGUUCUGGAGACCGCGGCAGCCUUUAUAGGGACCUCAUGACAGGGGAAUUGACUUGUCUUGGUACUUGGGCGGGAAAAGUAGGCUGUCAUGCUGCCGAGGGCAAAUUCGGUGCUCUCCGCCCCUGUUUUGUGUUGUUUAUUUUCUUUGUAAUCAACUUGACAAAAGUGCUUGAAAUUGGCCUUUUGAAAUCGCGCUGGGCAAGAUCGAUGAUGAUUAUUCUGGCACAUUUAUUUUAUCUGGGGUGGCACCGUACAUGCAAUGCAACUCCUGCCAGUUAGGAGACCGAAAUACAUAUUGGCGAUGAUUUGACAACGGAAAUUCCAAGCCCUUUCACUUGUCUCGGGAGAUUGCAUUUGACUAUGGUGGUCUGAUUGCGAAC